AUGGACGGCCAGGCGCACACCAGUUCAGCUGCAGAGAAGAAGAAGAGGCUGGAGAGCAUCGUGGGAAGCAGACGGACCUCCGGGCGCACCGAUGUGAGCGAGAAGGCAGUGACCUCCAGCACCUCCUCCCAGGAGGAUGAGAGCCCUCGGCCUCAGCACCACAGAGAGAGACGCAACGCCAUAGCCGCCAACUCCGCCGUGGGCAAACUGGGCAAGGAGUCACCCACCCCUUCCGCUGAGGAGCGCCCCCUACUGGUGAAGACGGAAGCGCACGGCUCACUGCCCCAUGCGGCUGACUACGCCCUGCCCUGUCGAGGGUUACUCUUCCCCAUGGACCCCCGAAACGGAUACCUGGACACCGCCCAGUACUCCACGCCCGCCUUCUUCCCGCCGUUCCACCCGCCGGUGCCCAUCGAUGACCGGCACGCUCAGGGGCGCUACGUCUACGAGCCGACGGCCGUACCGCUGCACAUGCCGUCGCCGCUCUCCGGGAGUCCGUUUUCGGACCUGAUCCGGAUCUCGCCCCACCGGAGCCCCUCGGGGGGCGCGGAGUCUGCGUUCAGCGUGACGCACCCCUACGCCAGCCCCUACCUGGACUACCUGCACUCCCUGCACAGCAGCCCCGCCCUGUCGGCCAUCUCCAGCGCCCGCGGACUCAGCCCCCCUGACGCUUCCCACGUUGCCAUGACAGCGGCGGAGUACUACCAUCAGAUGGCGCUGUUGGCGGGACACAGGAGCCCCUACGCUGACCUCAUCCCCCCCGCGGGCCUGGCGGCCGCCCUGCAUCUGGAGCAGCUGCAGGCCGCUGAGGGGCCCCAGUUCCUGGGGGCCCGGAUCCCCUCCCGCCCCAGCCGGAAGCGGCCCCUGCCCCUCUCGCCCCUGUCCGACCACAGCUUCAACCUGCAGACCAUGAUCCGCACCUCCCCCAGCUCGCUGGUCAGCCUGCUCAACAGCUCCCGCUCCAGCUCCUCCGCCAGCGGCUCCUACGGGCACCUGUCCGCCGGGGCGCUCAGCCCCGCCCUGAGUUUGCCCUUCCCCCCAUCUCCCCUGGCGAUGCACCACCCGCACAGGAUUGGACGGCAGCCGGGCAUUAUGGGCGCGGCUUUCAGCCACAGCCCGCCCCUCAUCCACUCCGCCCCCACUUUCGUUGUCCAGCAACCGCUCCCAGUCUCCGCCCCUGGGCUGGGGUGUGCAGAGAGUGGGGUGAUCGCCUCGGAGUCCUUACAGAAUAAGCCCACGAGUGAGUCUGCAGUCAGCAGCACAGGAGACCCCAUGCACCACAAGCGCUCAAAGACCCGGCCUGAGGAGGAGCCCCCCAGCCCAGAGCCAGGAGUCCUGCAGGAGGACCAGGAGGACCAGGGCGCCAUGCUGGUGAAGGAGGAGGGGGAGCAGGAGGAGAAGCAGGAGGCCGAGGCCGAGGCCGUCUAUGAGACCAACUGCCACUGGGAGGCCUGCCGCAGGGAGUUCGACACCCAGGAGCAGCUGGUGCACCACAUCAAUAACGAGCACAUCCACGGGGAGAGGAAGGAGUUUGUGUGCCGGUGGGAGGAGUGUUCUCGUGAGCAGAAGCCCUUUAAGGCGCAGUACAUGCUGGUGGUGCACAUGCGCAGACACACCGGGGAGAAGCCGCACAAGUGCACGUUUGAGGGCUGUGUGAAGGCUUACUCUCGGCUGGAGAACCUGAAGACUCACCUGCGAUCUCACACCGGGGAGAAGCCCUACGUCUGUGAGCACGAGGCCUGCAACAAGGCCUUCUCCAACGCCUCCGACCGCGCCAAGCACCAGAACCGCACACACUCCAACGAGAAGCCCUACAUCUGCAAGAUCCCGGGCUGCACCAAGCGCUACACGGACCCCAGCUCCCUGCGCAAGCACGUGAAGACCGUGCACGGUCCCGAGGCACACGUCACCAAAAAACGAGGCGAUGCCCCACCCCGCCCCCCGGUGCAGCCCCGGGGCCCCCACCCCCGCCCCCCAGUGCAGCCCCAGGACCUCAGCAGCCACAACCAAGGCAGGCCCCCGGGGCAGAUUCCCCGAGGGGCGGUCCCUGAGCAAGGGGACCACAACCACGUCACCUCUAAGGAUGCCUAUCUGAGGGCCGUGAAGACGGAGCAACCUGCGGCACCUCCGCCAGGCCCUGGCGGUCGGUCGACCCACAGCAGUGGCCAGUCCCCCCUCAGCGCCCGUUCCAGUGGCGAGGUCCAGCUCGCCGUGAGGUGGUGCCCCGUGGGCGAAGAGGAGGAGGAGGAGGGCGGUGAAGAAGCUCCCAUAAUGGACUCCACCGUGUCCACCGGCACCCUGGCCCUGCGGGGCCGUGGGAACGUGGCCCCCCUGCGGUGGGUGGAGCACAUCAAGAUGGAGCGGCUGAAGCAGGUGAACGGCAGCCUGCCCCUCCUGAGCCCCACAGCGCCCCCCGGAGGCCCCGCCCUGCCGCCAAUCCCUGCAGGAAGAGGCAGCUACGGGGGAGUGUCCCUGCGGGCAGAGCUGUCGGGGCCGGACGUGACGGUGCUGAGCCUGCUGAAGGACCGCCGGGACAGCGGGGGCAGCGCAAUAAGCUCGGCCUACCGCAGCGCCAGCCGCCGCUCCUCCGGCAUCUCGCCCUGCUUCUCCAGCCGCCGCUCCAGCCAGGCCUCCCAGCCCGAGGCGGGCCGCCAGAGCCACCCGCGACGCCACAACCUCAGCGCCGCCGACUCCUACGACCCCAUCUCCACCGACGCCUCGCGCCGCUCCAGCGAGGCCAGCCAGUGCGGGGGAGGCGGGCGGGACGGGGGCACCCUCACCCUGACCGCCGCCCAGCACUACCACCUGAAGGCCAGGUACGCAGCCGCGACGGGAGGUGCUCCCCCCACACCGCUGCCCAGCAUGGAGCGUAUGAGCCUGAAGACGCGCAUGGCCAUGAUGGGGGACUGCCAGGACGCCGCUCACCAUUCGCUGCCCCCGCUGGCUGGGAGGACUCAUCGCGGUAGCUUUGGGAGAAGUGGGACCUGUGGGGCAUUCCCUCAAGAGGUUCUCGGUAAUUCCCUGAGAAGGGCCAGUGACCCGGUCCGGACUCAAAACCAGGACUCCCUCAACCUGCCCCAGGUGCAGCGUUUCAGCAGCCUCCACAACCUGCACCCCCAGCCCCCACGCCAAGCCCACUGCCCCCCCAUGGAUAGGAGGGGUCUGAACCUGCAGGGGUACAUGCGCUUCGACAGGAACCCCCAGACGGGCCCUCUCUCGGCCCAUCCGGCCAGUAUCAGGGAACACACGGAAAUGGAGGCCCUCGCAGUCAAGCAGAGAGCAGGGGUCCCUCUGCUCGAUGAGGAGGAUAUGCUACCGGACGACGUGGUGCAGUACCUCGCUUCUCAGGGCCGGGGUGGGAUGUACGGAAAAAACUCUGCCGGUACGUCUGGGAGCGGGAACCAUAAUGGUACGUCUCUCCUGCUAGGCACCACAUUGGGUCGGUUGUACCAAAGCUCGGAUCAGCGGGCGCAGGGUGGCAACUCCGGCAUGGAGGCCAUGCCCUUACAGUGGAACGAGGUGAGCUCAGGGAGUGCAGACAGGUCCCCAUGCGCGCAACCCGCUCGCAGCCCUUUCGGCACGUUUGGCAACAUGAAGGUCCAGCAGCAGCUACCGCUAAUGCCCAUGGAGGUCCAGCAUCCCUAUGCCCACCUACAGAACAACAAUGUCCAGCAGGCGAACAACGACAGGGGUUUGACUGAUCACUGCAGUGGUCCGCGAAAAGAGGAAGUUAUCCUGAAUCCGUGCAGAGGCACCUCGAUCGAGGUGGAUGUCAGCAUUUCCCAUGAGAUUCAAAGGAGCCAUCCGUCAAUGCACCAAGUAGCUCAGGCCACUGUUUCCCAAGUGCCCGUGGGGUUGAUGCGGUCAGCCUGCCGAGGUCCGCCGCCUUUCGCCAAACUUCAAGCCAGCUUUCAGGAGAACCACCGGUCAUCCUACAGCAACCCAUUACCCCCAGAGACUGGAUCAGAGGACCCCGCCCCAAACCUCCAUUUUGAGGGAGCAGGCACCCAGCAGCAGCCCAGUGGCAGCUACAGGAUCUCAGCCAGACAGCAGGGCUACCCGAUCGUGAGGAGUAACGGUGGCAACCCCCUCCUCAGUCAGCAGCAGGGAUUGAGCCUAGCGGGAGUGAGGGGCGGGAGUGCGACUGCCAGCUUGCUCAGCAGCCAGGUGAGGCUGGAGAUGAUGGACCACCCCCAGGCUGGUCCCUUCACCUCAACCCAGGUGCAGUCGGGCUUUCCCAGCCAGGCUUUCCAUGACCUCCAAACCUCUGCCUCCCAAUUGUCCCCCUUCCCCAACUUGCACGCCACCAUCCCACCCGCCCCCUCUAGCAACCCUGCGCUGCUUUCUCCGGGGACUGGCCAGGUAACUAGCACUGCAGAUGAUGCCGCAGGCACUGUGAAUGCCAUGGCACUCGAUGUUGAUGAUGGGUACGACCACGGUAGUCUGAUUUCGGAGGUCCUGAGCCCCCGUCUGUUUCAGAACCUCUCCCGGACUUCGUCCCACCUCACCGCUCCCCAUGUCUCUAUGGCCGUACACAGUGUACCUGCUGGAGUAAGCAACAUGGCCAUCAGCGACAUGAACUCUCUACUGACCACUCUUGCACAGGAAAGCCAGUUUCUUGCCGCAAUGCAAUAGGUGCUGUGUAGAUUGAACAUUUCCAGAAAAGGGAAAGUUGAAUGGAAAAAGGAAAAUAUUUUUGUUGUUGUUGUUUAUCCUAAUCCACUGAACGCAUGGGGUGUACAAGACCUGUGUACUUCCAUUUGGAAUGGAAUUAAUUUCCUGGCCCUUAUUUUAUAUUGUUUUAUAAUAAGAAAUUGAAGAUGGUCCUUCAACCAAGUUAGACUGAAGCAGAGCUCUGCAAUGUUGCUGUUUACUUGCCAAAAAUAUUGGCAUGAAUGUCUAAAUGCAUUUCAUAUCCAGGCCAAAUUUAAACUGGCUUUGUGCUUUGCCAGUACCUUGAAGGACAGGGACUUAUCCUCAUGUCAACAAGGUAAACGGGUAAUAAAUUGCAUUCAGAUCAUCCCAAUAUAAUGUUUAUUUUAAUUGCCAUGCAUCAAACCAAAGUUUUCAUUAUAAACAUUGAGUCCUCCAGGUAAAUCUGUUUUUCUGGCCAUUCCAAGGAUAUACAAUAGUUUUUUUUUAUUAUUAUUUCAAGUUUUUUUAAAUUUUGAUUAUAGUCCACUGGCACUAAUCUGUGAGUAAGAAAUAGGAGAGGACAAUAAGUUCAGAUAAGAACUUUAAAUGCUUCAUGAAAAAUGCUUGGAGGACAAAUCUGUUCUCUUUGAGUUGAAUAUUAUAGUUCAUUCUUAUAUGAAGAUAACCUUUCUGCUGUUUUCAUGCACUUAUAAAUAUUCACUGCACAUGUGCAGACUAGGAAAAAGCAGCAAUAGGACACCUAUUAAGGUUAUGCACCACCGAAAACACAUCUUUGGUGUUCCAGGUUAUUUAAGAGGUACAUACUUCAAUUAUCAUGAGGUAUGGACAUGAAAAGGUACAUUUCAACAAAAUAUAUCAAUUUGGCAAAAUUACAAAUGAUAACAUUUUUGUAGCAGUCCAUAAUCUGAACCAAGUAAGAUUAUUCCAGGACUCCCUCAACCUGCAUAUAUAUAAAUAUAGGAUUUCAGAAUCUAUAUAAGAUAUGUUUGAAGAUUGUUUAGAGCCAUUUUUUUAAUAACUAGAAGUUAGAACUAAUAGAUCAUGAAGAAAAAUUAUGACAAUUCAGGCUCUAACAAUGAGGUUUGUGAUGCUGUACCUGCCCCUAAAGCUUAUAACAAGAAAAUAAUCGGCUCUCCUGGCUAAUAACACUGGAGUAUGGAGUAAAGGUUUGCAAAGUGUCAUGAUGAUUGUGCACUGAGAAAAAUGGCCCUCCUGAUCUUGUAAUAUCGUCCAAAGGUUUUUGAGAAAAACUUAUCCAAAGAUAAAAAUGGUAAAUAACUAUACAAAUUAAACCAGACGUUUGGUGUAAUCAUACAAAAGGUGGUAUUAUCCUGAAAGUUGAAUAGUUGAGGGAUCAGUAAACAAAAAAAGGUCAAUUUGACUGAAAAUUUGAUUUUAUUCAGUAGAACAGAACCUUAAAGGUGCAUGCCAUGUAUAUUAUGUUUGUGCAAAAAUGUUAUAGUCCAAACCUGCCUCCAGUAUCUUAUUGUUCAAAUUAAAGUGACUGAAAGUAAUCCAGUCUCAUUGUUAUGAAUGGUGUCACAUUAAAGAUGGCUUAAUUAAAACUAAUCAGCUGCUGAUGCUUGAUCCUUUGUAAAACUGGCAAGCAAUCACAUCUAGACAUGAGGGAAUUCAGGAAAAAUAUUUGUAAAAUGAUUUGUAAAAACUCCUCUAUUUGUUGCUCACAGGCCACUUCCAUUGUAUCUUAUUAAUAAUGGUCAAUUUGCUGUGUUUGCACCAUUUGAAUAUGUACAUGUAUUUUUACUUCACUUGCAUUUUUUGUAAUAUGCUUAAUUCUUGAUUAUAAAAUAUUUUCUAUGAUUUUUAUACAUGCAAUUUAUACAGUAUGAAUUUAAACUUUGACAUGCAUUCUUGCAAGACUACAUUACCCAGUGGGCACCUUGAAUAUCAUAUUUUAUGUACUGUACAAUGCAGUGUGUAUGUACUUUUGGACAGUUGGUACAAUUUCUGCUCUUUUGGCUCUGUAGUCCAGCACAUUGGGUUUGAAAUGAAACAAUAAAUGUGAGGUUAAAGUGCAGACUGUCCCCUUCAAUCUGAGGGUAUUUACAUCCAUAGUGGGUUAUGCAUGUAGGAAUCACACCUCUUUUUAUACAUAGUACAAGUAAUGGGACGGUUGGCUUCUCAGCUGCUUCUGAAUAAUCAGGUGUAUUCAAUUGCUUACUUAGUGCAGGUAUAAGAAUGCUUUCAGUAUCUAUGCCUUUGACAGUCAAGGAAGCCAUUAUGAGGUUGAGAAAUCAAAGUAAACUGUCAAGAGACAAUGGCUAAACAAUAGGCUUUCCAAAAUAAACUGGUUGGGACACUGCAUAUGCAGAUAUGGACUGCAGAUCUGAGGUAGGCCUUUUUUUAAUCAGCUCCACAGAUCAUUAAACCAUUGUCACAGAAGAUUUAGAUUGGAGUUGGAGAAGCAGUCUGGUUACACCCAUUACAAAUGCACUGCAAGCUUUUUGAUUGCAGGAGAGACCAUGUUUUAAGUACUUUUGGACUUAUUAUUGUAGAUUUACCACCCUAAUGGAAAAAGUAAAUACAUUGAAAUAUAUGGCCAAGUGUAUUGCACACAUUAUCAAGUAUGACAUAUUAGAAUAGAUAAUGGAAUGCUUGCAUACCUGAAUACAAUUCUUAUUUUGUGAAAUAUAGCCUAUAUUUCAAUAUGACAAUAUGUUCUGCAUACUUUUACAUAUGCAAUCAUAAUACUGAAAUACAAUCAUUUGUCAUCUGUGUCUCACUGCAUUUUUAAGCAUUAUGUGCCUAUUGUAAUGACAUGAAAAGAUCAUGACGUGUAUGCCUUACCUUUUCUCUCAUAACUUGGAACAAAAUGAAUAUUUCACAGUAAAGUUUUAAAACUUAGUGGCCUGAGAAACAUCAAACAUCAAAAUCAUACUUUAGCUUUUUUUUUUUUUUUAAACAUAUUGAGUGUUUGUGGAAAGAGAGAAUUUUGGCAUUCCAUAGGCUGCAUUUAUUUUUUUCCAGUUCUGUUUAUGAAGGGCACAGCUUUAGAAUAGCAGUUUUUUGUUUUUCUGCCUUUGUUGUUUUUGCCUCUGUGCUGUCCCAUUAGUAUGGCUAAGUGUGUUUUGAACAGGCCAUGUGGACCAAGUGUUACUGGGAUCCCGUGGGCCUGCACCAGGGAGACCAAAGCCUAAGCAAUUGUCAAUGGAAAACUCCUAGCUCUUUUAUAACGGACAUUUGUAUGUUUUUAAUAAAAAAAAGUAAAUUAUG